AGACGUCUUCCGACCGCGUUGUGUUCACGAGCUCGAAUUCAAAAUGUGGAAACAACAAGGCCCCAAUUUAAACACGUUUCAUUUUGCAGAACUAUGAAACCAUAAGGUUACUUUACGCUCACAGAAACUAGCAAGUUACAACCUAAUGCGAAGUCUCAAUCGACAAGGCAUAGAAACAUAAUUUGAAAUGGGCCUACGUGCUUAAAUUAUAGUUUUUAAACAAUCAAACGUCACAUUCUUUUUUUUGACCCGGUUUGUUUCCAGUUAAUAUGACGUGAUUUCUGUUAAUUCGGCACACUGGUCAGCAAGCUUUCUCUAAAGUAAAUUAUUCCGACUUGAGUGCGCCUCUUAGUACAUUUUCCCGACUCAUAUUACAUUUCUCCGACUUUUUCCGACAACACCCGAAUGCAUGACGACGUAGCGUGGGUGGGUAGACGUGAGCGUGGGGUUUUCCACAGUUGAAGCAGCAGCAGCAGCAGCUCGGAGCCAUGGCGACCGAAAAUGUUUCUUUUUGUAGCUCCAUGGACGGUAUUAUUCGGGUCUAACUACUUUAAACAUAGGGAUAGGAUAGUGGAUAGAGUCGGAAAUCAGGAAAAGAAGUCAUUUAAGGACACCUUUCCGAAAAGGACAUCUGUCAUUAAAGACUUGGAUAUGUUAGACCAGAUGGACUGGGAUUUAUUAGAUGAGGGUCUGGGAGGCUCAAUGGAAGACACCCCUGACUUUUCUGAAGUUCCUCAGUCCAACCCCUCCACCACCAACAUUUCAGAACAUGAAUUCUCCUGUCACUGUUGCUACGACAUCUUAGUGAACCCAACCACCUUGACCUGUGGCCACAACUUUUGCCGCCACUGUCUGGCCCUGUGGUGGGAGUCAUCUCACAAGAAUGAGUGCCCAGAGUGUCGAGAGAAAUGGGAAGGCUUUCCUAAAGUCAACAUACUGCUGAGAGAUGCAACAGACAAGCUGUUCAGUGAGGUUGUUCAGCGGAGGAGAUCAGAAAUCCAGACCAACCCUAAAAUCUCCCGGAGCUUACUGGCCUUCCAGAGGUAUGGUGACAACUUGGGCAGAUCGAGGAAAAACCAGCACAAAGGAGCAGGCUUCUUCUUUUCUGGAGUCCUAAGUGCUCUCACAUGUGUAGCUGUGGUAGUGCUGGUGUAUCACUGGAGCAGUGGUGUGGUUGAGCAGCAUGACCCUUUGAUCAGUAAACCCGUGUCGCGCUGGACGUCGGAGGAGGUUGUCUCCUGGCUAGAGAACCUGGGGCCCUGGGCUCAGCUAUACAGAGAAGCUUUCCAACAGGAGAACGUCAAUGGGAGGUUGCUGUUGAUGCUUGGGGAAGAAGAGCUGAUAAAACCUCCGUACAGCAUUGAAAAUCUGGCUCACCGACGUGCUGUUUUGGCUGAACUGGACAGAGUUAAAACCCUAGGGGUUAAACCUCCGCAGAACCUCUGGGAAUACAAGGCUGCUAAUGCAGGGAAGUCUCUGUUCAUGCUGUAUGCACUGAAGCGCUCCCCUCGUCUCACGCUCUUCUACCUGUAUUUAUUUGACUACUCGGAAACCUUCCUGCCCUUCCUGCACACCUGCUGCCCGGCCAUCACACACAUCGAGCAGUCAGUGGAAGGAAGCUUCUUUCACUCACAGUUGGAGCCAAGUUGGCGACAGUGGGCGGAGUUCCUUGUGAAGUACAUCCUGCUUCCGUACCAGCUGAUAGCAGAGUUUGCGUGGGACUGGCUGGCCGUCCACUACUGGACGUCUCGCUUCAUUAUUGUCAACACGAUGCUGCUGUCUGUGCUGGAAGGCUGCGCACUGUGGAGACUCUGGACCAGAGCCAGGAUCAGGACUCUGCCGCGCAACAUGUGGAACCACUUGUGGAAGAUGUUAUCUCAGGGGUUUGCCUUUGCCCUCCUGUGGCCUUUUCUCCCUCAGUUUGUGUGCAACUGCCUAUUCUACUGGGCUCUCUACUUCAGCCCCAUCAUCAACAUAGACCUGGUGGUGCAGCAGCUAAUGCACCCAGAAACACAGGCACUGUAACAAACUGCAUGUCAUCAGUGCCAAUCAAUGCUGCACAGUUUGCUGCAAAUAAAACAGCCAGAAUUUCCCGAUGUUGAAGAGGAUGAGUGUUUAUUUAUGGCAGUAAACUCACAGGACUCUGGCUUAUUUGCUCCUGGGAAGGAAGAUCCCUCGCUUCCUUUCUUGCGUCUCUGCUGGUCAGUUGGCAGAUGGAACAAGAGAGCCAUUGAGUUUUUUGUGGGAGAAACAUAACAAACAAGAUGAACGGUGAGAUGUCUGUGUUUUUAUUGGAAGGUUAAAUGCUGUGACAUCUAUCUCUGUGUACACAGUGCAUUAACAACCCCCAUUGCCUAAAUGGUCCUAUGGGCAGAUAUGCAAAUAAGAAGUCAUAUUUAAGAACUAGUGGUAGUGAAGACUGGCCUCAUAAGGAGUUUCUGAUAGCUGUGUUGCACUCACUAAGAUGGCUGUGAGAUCUUUUAUACAUACACAGACUUUGAAGGUGGAAAAAAACAGAUUAUUUUUUGUCUGACUUCUUUGUUGGUCGUUCUAAACUAUAUGUGAUCCAUAACCAAUUAAAUGAACAACUGUUGCUUUAUGAGUAUCAGGUUGAACUAAGUCGAUUUAACUUUAAAAUGCAUUAUUCAACUCUUCAGUUCAGCUCUGGCUUUGACUUUAAUAUUGGUGCCACAGAGAGGUCUUAAAAUGUAAGCACUUACGCUUAAAUGUUGAGGGUUGUAGUUCUGCAGCAUUAUGGGAGUGUCAAACAAGAAUAACGAACAAUAAAAGAAGUUCCAUGUUUUCAAUUCAUUUCAUCAUACAUGAGGCAUUAGGUUUUAACUGUUGGACUCUGAAACAGAUUAAAAAGAAAUCAUCAUAAUGAGCAGAUUGUGUUUCUGGUACUGCUGAAUAUUUUGUUGCACAUGUUUGUUAUUGCUCAGUUGAUUUUGAGAUGGUUUACAAUUCCAUGUAACCAGUGGGCAGAGCAAAUCGAAUACUUUAUUUUUUACAUUUGCACUUAAUAGUUAAAACACUGUGAUUUUGUUCUUCAAUGUUCUCUACUGGCAGAAAAAAAUAAAGAUUUUUUAAUAAGG